CAAAUGACAAUGACCUUUAAAAAUAUAAUACUAAGUUUUUCUAUAUCAUAGCUUUGUACUUGAACUUAAAUGGAAAUUGAGUAGUUAUUACACAUGGACAUAACUCUCUUUUCCCCAAAACAACAAACACAAAUACACUUCUUUCCUAAUUCCCAUCACCCAAUAAGCCAUGAUCAACCACCUAUAGACAUGCAAAACAAUAGCAACAUUAACAAUAACCAUAAGAGCAACAACCACCCCCAUAGUAGCCACACCACGAGUAGCCGGUCAUCGGAUUCCGGUGAGCCUUCUGGGUCUGCAAGUGGUAAUGGAUGGGCAUCAAAGCUUCUUAAAGAGUGUGCAAAAGCUAUCUCUGAGAAAGAUUCAACAAAAAUCCAUCAACUUCUUUGGAUGUUAAAUGAGCUUGCUUCCCCUUAUGGAGAUUGUGAUCAAAAAUUGGCUUCUUAUUUCCUACAAGCUUUAUUUUGCAAGGCAACAGAAUCCGGUCACCGGUGUUUCAAAACCCUAGCUUCAGUUGCUGAAAAGAGUCACUCCUUCGAUUCUGCUAGGAAAUUGAUACUAAAAUUCCAGGAGGUAAGUCCUUGGACAACUUUUGGUCAUGUUGCUUCUAACGGUGCAAUCUUGGAAGCAUUAGAAGGUGAAACUAGACUUCAUAUAAUUGAUAUUAGUAAUACCCUUUGCACUCAAUGGCCUACUCUGCUAGAAGCUUUAGCUACAAGAAACGAUGAGACUCCUCAUUUAAAGCUCACUGUUGUUGUAACUGCGAGCAUAGUAAGAUCAGUUAUGAAGGAAAUAGGUCAAAGAAUGGAGAAAUUUGCUAGGCUAAUGGGAGUUCCUUUUGAAAUUAAUGUAAUAAGUGGGUUAAGCAAUUUAUCAGAGCUGAGUCGGGAAGGCUUGAGUGUUCAAGAAGAUGAAGCUAUAGCGAUUAAUUGUAUUGGGGCAUUAAAAUUAGUUGAAGUAGAGGAAAGAAAUGAUGUUAUUCAAAUGUUUCAUUCACUUAACCCUAAAGUUGUUACAAUUGUUGAAGAGGAAGCUGAUUUUACUAGCUCAAGAUAUGAUUUUGUUAAGUGCUUUGAAGAGUGUCUUAGGUAUUAUACACUAUAUUUUGAGAUGCUUGAAGAUAGCUUUGCCCCAACUAGCAAUGAAAGAUUGAUGUUGGAGAGAGAGUGUUCAAGAAGCAUAGUUAGGGUUUUAGCCUGUGAUCAUAAUGAAGAAAAUUGUGGAGAAGGAGAGUGUGAGAGAAGAGAAAGAGGAAACCAAUGGUGUGAGAGACUCCGGGAAGCCUUUUCGCCUGUCGGGUUUAGUGAUGAUGUUAUUGAUGAUGUCAAAGCAUUGCUUAAGAGAUACAGAGGUGGAUGGUCACUAGUACAACCUUCUCAAGGAGAUGAAUCAGUAGGACUUUACUUGACAUGGAAAGAGGAACCAGUAGUUUGGGCUUCAGCUUGGAAACCCUAAUUCCAUUUGAAAAGCUUAUAUAUGAUGAUGAUGAUGAUGAGAGCUAUAUUAGCGCCAUAUAUAUUUCUACGUCUAUACUCUACUACUCAAGUCAUCAAAAGAAGGUAUUUAAGUGAUUGCCAUGAAAAUAGAAUUUGAUGAUAUGAUCAUUAUGGGAGCUUCCUAGUACUGUUUUUAUGUUUUCAUUCAAAAAUCUUGUUAUCAUAUAAUUAUUCAUGCAUAUUUUGUAUUUUAUCUUAUGUCCAAGCUUUUCUUUUCUUUUUCUUUUCUUUCUUUCUUUCUUUCUUUCUUUCUUCUUUUUAAUUUUCUGCUUUGUGCUUGGGAGUUUGUGUUGCUUUUAACUGCUUUUAGAUCAUUGUAUUUGUUUGAAGGUGUUUGCACUUAGUGCCUCUUUUUUCAGUUCCAUACCAUCAUCCCAUCUCCCCUUUUGGAUUGUUGCUUAUUACUAUCUUUCUUCUCAAUGAUUAUUAGUUUUGUGCAAUUUGUAACAAAAUAUUUAUAUGUAUCCAUCUCGAUAAAGUUUAAUUACA